AUGAAUCAAUUUUGCAAACGCAAGCCUCAACCUCCAAAGACCUUACACCCAGGGUACCUGUCCGUACAAAGGAAACUGAAAUUCCAACGUCCGUUGCCUCUGCAACUCAACCGUUCGUUCGUGCCUCUUUCAUCGCCCUAUCCGUCGUUGGCCUGGACCCAAAACAGCCAGCCAACCGUCGCCGCACCGGUCUGA